AUGAGCUUCCCCCGAGUAUUUCGAAGCUUACUGAACUCGUCUAUAAAAUCUCGAUUCAAUCCAAUACGAGGCUUGUAUAUCCAAGUGCAGGAAACCCCGAACCCAUUGACGCUGAAGUUCCUUCCUGGUAAAGCUAUACUGGACAAGCCGCGAACGUAUGAGUUCACUACUGUGGCCUCUGCUAAAGAUAGCCCGUUGGCAAUGGAGCUCUUUCGAGUUGAUGGAGUGAAGUCCGUAUUUUUUGGUGAAGAUUUCGUUACAAUAACCAAAAAAGACGAGGAAAUCGAUUGGGGAACCAUACGACCAGAAGUUUUCUCAACCAUAGCGAAUUAUAUCGAAUCAGGAAAGCCGGUCAUUAGAGAAGGACAUUCAGAACCAGAGCAUGAAGACACAGCAAUACAUGAGGACGACGAUGACACCGUUGCAAUGAUCAAAGAAUUAUUGGACUCUCGAGUUCGACCUAUGGUUCAAGAGGAUGGAGGCGAUAUAACCUAUUUGGGCUUUGAGGAUGGAGUUGUGAAAUUGAAACUGAAGGGAUCGUGCACAGGCUGCCCCAGCUCAUCUGUGACUCUCAAGGCUGGAAUACAAAACAUGUUACAAUUCUAUGUUCCCGAGGUGAAAAAUGUGAUUGAAGUGACGGAUGAAUCAGAUGAUCUGGUUCAGAAAGAGCUGGAGAAAUUUGAGAAAUCACGAGGGAUCGUUGACUAAUCGUAGUAGAACAUACUAGUUGUUAUCUCUCUUAUUUUCCUCGUAUAGACAUUGUCAGAGAUGUUGUAUCUAUAAAUAACUUAGAAGAGCCAUGUCAUGUUUUAUCUCAUUGUAUCUUUCAUAUUAGCUUAGGCUCUAGACUUGGGUGUGGCCUCCACUCGUCAUAAAUAAGUUUUCUUUAGAUAAUUUGCCGAUGGCAUUUUGUUUUUGAUUUAUUUCUGCAAUGCAGGUGAAUGUUUUCGAGGUGCAAAAUAAAUAUCAAGUG